UUGGUGUUUGAAUUAUUCCCUGAAACAACCACAUAUAUUCUGUGCUUUAUAUCAAAGUGUGUCUACAGUAGAUUCUGAUUAAAACACAGAGAGCAACAUUAAUGAUGUUCCUGCUUGUGCCUCUUCUCCUCUGUGCUUUUCCUCCUUCAGCUGCUGAAGGCCGACUGAGACAGUUCUACAUAAUGAAGCAGAGGAGUAACAAUACAUCUGCUGCUCAGAGUUUAUGCAGAGUAAACUACACUGACCUCGUCACAAUUUAUGACCAACAAGACAAUAUUAAAUUACAGCAACUGCUCAAUAGCAGCAGCUUUCAGCAAGGCUGGAUUGGUGCUUAUAGAGGAAACUACAGUCUAAAAUGGUCAAAUGGUGAUGAUGUUACAUACAGUAGAUAUUCUCCAAGCUAUUCAGAUCAAACUCGCUGUGCUGCUUUGAAUGCUAAUGGAGACUGGGAAUCUAUCCUGUGCAAUGAGACAAAACACUUCAUGUGCUAUGAACAAGAUGGAGAUGGAGGAACAACCUACAACUACUUAUUAAUCCCUCAAAACAAAAACUGGUCUGAUGCUCAGCUUUACUGCAGAGAGAAUCACACUGAUUUAGUCUCUAUUAGAAAUGAGGAGGAAAAUACCCUGGUGAAGAACAAUGGAACACAGAGUAAUACUGCUUUCUGGAUCGGCCUGCUGAAUGACAAUGUGAACUGGAGAGAUGGAGGACCAUCCGCUUACAGAAACUGGUUUCAGGAGUUUGAGCAGAGCAGACCUAAUGCUUUCAUGAGAUUAACUGAUGGGCGGUGGACAAGAGCUGAUAUCAAUAAUAACUAUCCUCUGUGCUACAAGAGCUUCAUUCAUGUGAGUCCUGCUGAGAUGUCCUGGGAAGAUGCUAUGAAUUACUGCAGCUCUCAGUUUUCUGGAGCUCUGUGUCUGGAGUCUGAGAACGAUCAGACAGAAACGCAGCGAGAGUUAAACAGAAAUAAUAUCUCUGCUCCAGUUUGGGUGGGUCUCAGACAGAGCCGACUUUUCGGAUUCUGGAUGUGGAUCAAUGGUCUUCAAGUGAGAAACUGGACAAACUGGAAAGGAGGAAAGGCUCCUGAAGCUGCGCUUUCUCAACACUGCGCUGCCAUGGAGAAGGUGAACGGACGAUACACACUGACUGAUAAAGACUGCAGGUCUACAUUCAGAGUUGUGUGUGAGAAAAACUAGUGAACACAAAUUCACAGAGUAGAUCCUGGAUUAACUAAUCAGAUUUCAGGUUAAAUUUAGAUGUAUGAUUACACUGGUUAGUGGUUUCUACACUAUUAAUAUUCAGCUAUUCUUGAUAUUGAACAUUUAUUAUUAGGUUUAGUAUGUUUUUUUGACAUAAAUGGAAAUUAAAAUAUAUUGA